AUGACAGAGGAACAGCAUCUUCUGGCCAAAAUCGGUCAGCUUGCUGGUAGCUCGACUUCCUCGCCUGGCCCCGUGACUGAUAAUGACGGUGAGGCCCGGUCGACGCCAUCGACGAGUGGUUGGGUUGCGAAACGCGAUCGCCAUAUGCAACUGAUCAACUCGGCCGUAUACGACAAGGAAACUCAGGCCAGAACCAAGGCGAUGGAGGAGAGUCGCAAACUCAAGGCGCAGAAGAAGGCGCAGCGCGAGGAGGCUAAGGUGCUCAGCUACGCGCAGGGCGUGUCUAGACAGUACCCUCCUAGCUCUGUACCUUCGGCCUCUACUGUUGCGCAACCAUCGGCAGGUUAUCAGAUAUUCUUCAAUGAUAUUCCGUUCCGGAUUGCGCAGGGUGGUAGUAAAUUGAUCAGAGUAUCCAUAGAUGAUCCGAAUACUGCCACCAAUACGCCGAAACGAGUGACAGUCGCCGGUGUGACCUUUGUCCGAAGCAAGAAUGGAAAUCUUCAUCGUCUUGGAGCGGUAACCUCGAAAAGGAAACCCAACGCGAUUCACAAGAAAAACGAACCUUGCAAAAGAUUCUCUACGACGGGCACCUGCUACAAGGGACCGUCCUGUCUCUAUGUGCACGAUCCGAACAAAGUCGCGAUUUGCAAGGACUUCGUCCAGACUGGUAAAUGUGCGGCAGGUUUGAGUUGUGAUCUUUCCCAUGAGCCAUCGUCCCACAGAUCCCCUACUUGUAUGCAUUUCCUUCGGGGCCGUUGCGCCAAUCCAGAGUGCCGAUAUGCCCAUAUUCGGGUGACACCUGGCGCGCCCGUGUGCAGAGAAUUCGCGACCUUAGGCUACUGUGAAAGGGGCGAUGAGUGCGACCAGCGUCAUGUCCAUGAGUGCCCUGAUUAUGCCAACACCGGAGUCUGCAAUAAGAAACGUUGCCACCUUCCUCAUGUUGAUCGGGCAGGACAGAUGAAGAAUGCUGCUAGUAAGGCAGAUAACAACGAGGAAGAGUCUGACGCGUCGAGCGAGGAAGAGGAAUACGAUGCGAUUGACUCGGAUGAUGUCGACUCGGACGAGUUUGACGAUGAACCGGAAUUCAUCAUCGAAGGAACGGGCAAUGGCGAGCUCUUGCAGCAGCAAGACUUUGUCCGGUUCUAG